CAAAAUACAAACGGCAAAGCAACAUUAUGUUAUUGGUAGCCAGCUACUGCCUACAUCCAUCCAUGGCUUCCAAUAUCAAAGUGUUAGUCUUCUUCUUAACCAUUUCAAUCAUCUUCCUCAAUUUUGCAAUAAAUUCUCAUGCACAAGACCCAAAUUUUCUCUACCAAGUUUGCUCAAAAAACAAUUUCACAUCCAACAGCACCUACCAAACAAACCUCAAAACCCUCUUCUCUUCCUUAUCUUCCAAGGCAAAAACCGAUCAAAACAUCCAAUUCUUCAACAACACCGUCGCCGGAAAAAAUCAUUCAGAAACAGUUUAUGGACUAUAUAUGUGCAGAGUUGACAUCCCCUCUAAUCUAUGCACAUCAUGCGUUGGAAACGCAACUCAAAGACUGUCCACAGAUAAAGAGUGCACUGUUUCUGUUGCAGCAGUUAUGUGGUACGAUGAAUGCAUGGUUCGGUAUUCAAACAAAUCAUUCUUUUCAACAGUUGCAACAGGACCAGGCUAUGUUCUCCCAAGUCCAACUAACAUGACAAACCAAGGAAGCUUCAACCGUUUGUUGUAUGAUACGUUGAACAAAACUUCAGAUGAAGCUUCUUCUUCUUCAAAGAAUUUCGCUACAAGGGAAGCGAAAAUAAAUAUAUUUCAGAAUCUUUAUUGUUUAGCUCAGUGUACACAAGAUAUUGAAGAAAGAGAGUGUAGAAGUUGUCUUUAUGGUUUGAUAAAUUCAGAUCUUCCAAGGUGUUGUGCAGGAACGCAAGGUGGAAGAGUUUUGUAUCCUAAUUGUGUUGUAAGGUUUGAAAUUUACCCUUUCUAUCGUUCUCUUACUUUGCCACCAACUCCAGCGCCUGCAGGACUCGUUCCAUCACCCAAUUCCGCAGGAAAAUCACGAAUAGCUAUCAUUGUUGCUAUACCCAUUGUGGUUGCUUCUACAAUAGUCUUCGCUGUUUGCUUCUAUUAUCGAAGGAGAAAAGCGAGAACAAGCAGGUCCAAUAUUCUCCUCCAAGAAAACUUUGGUCGUGAAAGUACCACUUUAGAGGGGUUGCAAUUCGAUUUAGCUACAAUUGCUACAGCAACAAACAAUUUCUCACAUGAGAACAAGAUUGGAAAAGGUGGAUUUGGAGAAGUUUACAAGGGCACUCUACGUGAUGGACGAGAUAUAGCUGUCAAGAGGCUUUCAACAAGUUCCACACAAGGUUCGAUUGAGUUCAAGAAUGAGAUUUUAUUGAUAGCCAAGCUACAACAUAGAAACCUUGUGGCAUUGAUAGGUUUUUGCCUAGAAGAGCAAGAGAAGAUUCUCAUUUACGAAUAUGUCCCAAACGGAAGUCUUGAUCAUUUUCUAUUCGGGGCUCAACAACAAAAGUUAAGCUGGUCCGAGCGCUACAAAAUCAUAGGAGGAACUGCUUUAGGAGUUCUUUAUUUACAUGAUUAUUCUCGACUAAAAGUUAUACAUCGUGAUCUUAAACCUAGUAAUAUUUUAUUAGAUGAACAUAUGAAUCCUAAAAUCUCAGAUUUUGGCAUGGCUAGAAUUGUUGACAUUGGCCAAGAUCGCGCUAAAACUACCAGAAUUGUGGGAACAUAUGGUUAUAUGUCUCCUGAAUAUGCAAUGCUUGGAAAAUUCUCUGAAAAAUCAGACGUUUUUAGUUUUGGAGUAAUGAUCAUAGAGAUAAUCACCGGAAAAAGGAAUGCUAAGUCUUACGAAUCAAACCAUGAUGCUAAAGGUCUCUUGAGCUAUGUUUGGAGACAAUGGAAUGACCAAACAUUGUUGACUGCAAUUGACUCAAAUAUAAAAGAAAAAUAUUCUCAAAUUGAAGUUAUAAAAUGCAUUCAAAUUGGUUUAUUAUGUGUCCAAGAAAAUCCAAAUGCUAGACCUACAAUGGCAACAGUCGUUUCAUAUCUUACUAAUCACUCACUUGAACUGCCAUUUCCACAAGAACCAGCAUUUGUGUUGCAUAGUACAAUUGAUCAAAAAAUUGUUGGACAGCAGGAAUCAAGCUCAGGUCUAUCAGCUAGUAGUUCUAAACCAUUUUCUGUCAAUGACAUGUCAAUAAGUACAUUUUAUCCUCGUUAAAAAAGUUCAUUUCCUUUUUGAUAUAAAAUUAUGUACAUAUGUUUUCAAUACAUAAUAAACGUUCAUAUAGAGAUG